GUCACAGUGGUAGCAGCUGCCACUGGGUAUGCUGUAGCUCUAUGUAGCCUUGCUGUCUACCACAGGCUGAGGAGUAAACUACCAAACGGCCAUAGGCUAGUUAGCUAGUCAGGUGCUAAGUCAGCCAAGUUGUAGGCAGUAGCGUUGUACCUUACUCCCGUUGGCCAACGUUAUAAUGGUCGUAACACAUACGCUAGCCCAAAGUUGAAUGAAGUAGCAUCCUAGUUGUUUCGGUUGUUUUUAAUUAGCUAACUUAGGUGUAGCUAACGUGGAAGGCAUCCACACAGAAUAAUCAAUGAUUAGCUUAACGGACACGGUCUGCUCAUUUUAAAAGGCAUUUCUUCCUGAGUUAAGGAUGUCUAAACGCCUGCGAAAUACUGAGGUGUGCGCUGAUUGCAGUGUUCCAGAACCUCGCUGGGCCUCUGUGAACAGGGGUGUGUUGAUUUGCGAUGAGUGCUGCAGUGUUCAUCGAAGUCUGGGAAGACAUAGCUCCCAAGUCCGCCACCUGACGCACACACCAUGGCCUCCUACACAGCUACAGAUGGUUCAGACCUUAUAUAGCAAUGGUGCAAAUUCAAUAUGGGAGCACUCCCUUCUGGACCCUGCAUCUGUGAUGAGUGGAAAACGCAAGGCCAACCCUCAGGACAAACUGCAUCCAAACAAAUCAGAGUUUAUAAGAGCCAAAUAUCAAAUGCUGGCAUUUGUCCAUCGCAUGCCUUGCCGGGAGGAUGACAGCUCAACAGCCAAGGAUUUAAGCAAGCAACUUCACUCUAGUGUACGCACCGGGAAUCUUGAGACGUGUUUGAGGUUGCUAUCCCUGGGAGCACAAGCUAAUUUUUUUCACCCUGAAAAAGGAAACACUCCCUUGCAUGUAGCUGCAAAGGCAGGGCAGGUAUCUCAGGCUGAACUGUUAACUGUUUAUGGGGCAGAUCCUGGAGCCCCUGACAGCAAUGGCAAAACUCCCAUUGACUAUGCAAGGGAAGCUGGCCACCAUGACCUGGCAGAUAGACUGGUGGAGAUUCAGUAUGAACUAACUGAUCGACUGGCGUUCUACCUGUGUGGGAGGAAACCAGAUCAUAAAAACGGCCAGCACUUCAUUGUUCCACAAAUGGCCGACAGGAACAUCAGUUUAGAUUUAUCAGAACUGGCCAAAGCAGCAAAGAAGAAACUACAGUCUCUCAGUAAUCAUUUAUUCGAGGACUUGGCCAUGGAUGUGUACGAUGAAGUCGAUAGACGAGAGACCGAUGCAGUGUGGUUGGCCACGCAGAAUCACAGCGCCCUGGUGACAGAGACAACGGUGGUGCCUUUCCUCCCUGUGAAUCCAGAGUAUUCAUCAACACGAAACCAGGGUCGACAGAAGCUUGCAAGAUUUAACGCACAUGAAUUUGCCACUCUUGUGAUUGACAUACUAAGUGAUGCUAAGCGGAGACAACAAGGGAAUUCAAUAGCCAGUCCCAAAGACAAUGUUGAACUCAUCCUGAAGAGUGUGGCGGUCAGGCAUUGUAGUGAUAGCCAGGACAAUGACCAGCCUGACUAUGAUAGUGUGGCUUCUGAUGAGGAUACAGAUCAAGAGCUCCCCUCGAGCAAAGGAGAUAGGACCAAGAGUCUGGACUCUGACCUCUCAGAUAGCCCGAUUACUAUGCAAGAAUACUUGGAGGUGAAAAAUGCGCUCUCUGCCUCUGAAGCCAAGAUCCAGCAGCUCAUGAAAGCCAACAACAACCUGAGUGAUGAGCUGAGGCUCAUGCAGAAAAAGCUGCAAUCUCUGCAAAGCGAGAACACCUCUCUAAGGCGGCAGGUCACAACCAAUAUCUAUCAGAUCCCCAGCGGUUCAGACUACCCUGACCCCUCCAGUCCCUCAGCCCUGAAACGCCGGCAGUCUGCGCGGGCCAGUCGGCCCAUGUCUAUGUAUGAGACCGGCUCAGGCCUGAAGCCUUAUCUCCCUAAAGGGGAAACUCCCUACCCAGAGGAGGGUAUCCCCACCCUGCAACCCUUCCCACCUCAUACGGAAAGGGGCGCUUUUGUGACCACCUCUUCAUCCCUCCCCUCAUUUCCAUCCACCCUGUCUUGGUCGAAGGACGAAAGUGCUCAAAAGGCCUCAAAGUUAGAGAAGCAAAGCAGCAUGCCAGAAAGUGACUAUGACAACACGUUCUAUGAGUCUGAGAUGGAUGAUUCAGGUUUGUGCAGGAGAGGGAGGCUGAGGAGCAGUGGCUGGCUAGGGGAGGGCAGCUCCAUCCCUGAACUGGAUGAUCUGGAGAUGGAGUCAGACCCCACACUUCCCAGCACAGAGGACGUCAUCCGCAAAACCGAGCAGAUCACCAAAAAUAUCCAAGAGCUGCUGCGAGCUGCUCAGGAGAACAAACAUGACAGCUUCAUACCCUGCUCAGAAAGAAUACACGUGGCUGUAACAGAAAUGGCUGCUCUUUUUCCUAAGAGGCCACGCUCAGAGACUGUUAGAGGCUCUCUGCGCUUGUUGACCUCCAGCGCAUACCGGCUUCAGAGCGAGUGCAGGAAGGCGGUGCCUUCAGAGGGCUGCCCAGGACCGGACAUGCAGCUGGUCACUCAGCAGGUCAUCCAAUGUGCUUAUGACAUUGCCAAGGCCGCCAAGCAGCUUGUCACCAUCACCACAAAGGAGAAUACCAACUAACAGCACUUAAAAGGCUGCAAAGCCGUUAGCAUCUCAGCUUUGUUUUUAUAUUUUUUAAAUCGUUUUGUUGUUUUUUUUUUUUUUUUGUAUUUGUGGUAUAUGCAUGCAUUCGUUUUUUUUUUAUUUAUGAAUAAAUAUUGACAAUAUUUAAAGCCAACUCUGGACAAAAUUUGAGUGUCAAGGGAAAAAGUCAGCAGCUUUACUUAGGGAUUCCGAGCUGCUGUAAUAGCACAUUUUCUCUUGAGGUGAAGGCAACGUACAGCAGUUAACAGGCCUGGGAAACAUAAUGGUUUCUAGAUUACUUUUAAAAAUUUUGAGUACAAUUCACUCUUACUUACAAAUAAUUUUUAAUUAGUGCAUAAUGUAAAUACCUUACAUUUAGAGAAGGGUUUAAGCACAGUACAGUAAACCUAUAUGAAGAUACAGGUAAAUGUUAUCAGUCCAAAGCCAGGCAAAGAUGCUGAAAAGCCAUAAAUGAGUCAUGAAUCAAUUGUUACUGAAGGUGUACUGUAAACACUCUGUAGCUAAAGGAGCUUCCUCUCACUAACUGCACUGUGCAAACAUCAUCAUACUGUAAAGUUUAACCUUCAAAAACAAACUGACCAUUUAGUUAACUUCCAUUAAAUGUUGGGAACUUCAUUAAUGCACACUUUGUAGCUCUGCAAUGCUAAUGUUUGUUGCAUCGAAAAAGCUGUUUAUAUGGUUUGUCUCCUGUCCCAGUGUAAUCCAGUCUGCAGUGCACUUAUUGCAGCCAUUUAUGUUGCCAAGUCAGUGAAUGCAAACAACACUUGUUCAGGGGGCAAGUUAUAUUCUUCACCAGCGCCGAGAUGUUGUUGUGUUAAGUUAUAAUGAUUUGGUGUGUUUUUAACAGGCUCCACACUGCACUGUAUUCUGCCGUCUUGUGUGCCAUUGCAGUGUUGGUGAUGUUACAAGAUAUUUAGAGCUAAGAGCCAUACUGUAUGUAUGUCCAUGUGUUUUGUGCUCUGUUCCGUUGCUGCUAGUUUUGUAUUUAAUGUGCAACAUGUGGGAUAGAACUGUAGACAUCUUCUGUAUUAUUGUGCAACCCAACGUUCAUCCUCACCACGUGUUUCAGACUUCAUUGUCAUUCUGAAAUCUGAUCAAGGUAAUGUAGGUGAAUGCAGCUGUUAAGCUGCACUUUGGGAAAAAAUUAUUUUCUA